AUGCCUCCAGAAGAUGAUGAUCUGUGUGUCAUUGGUGGAUUCAUAGUAUCUCACACCAUUGGCCAUGGAUCUACAGGCCAAGUCAAGUUAGGCAUUCACCGAAAAACUGGAAUUAAAGUAGCCAUCAAGGUCAUUUCUCGCAAACAGCUAUCCACAUCGCUCAAGAUAACACAGGCAGUCGAACGAGAAUUGGCUGUAUUGCAGCUAUUAAACCACCCACAUCUCAUCAAUAUGUACCAGAUAUUGCAAGAUCUUAACAACAUCUAUUUCAUAACAGAAUACGUGCCUGGUGGUGAGCUCUAUCAUGUUCUCAGCGAUAAGAAAGAGGGUCGCAUUCCUGAAAUCAAGGCGAGAGAGCUGUUUUUUCAAAUUGCCAGUGCAUUAGCUUGGUGCCAUGCCAGACACAUUUGGUACGCUUGCAGUUCUGAUUGUCGCUUGUAA